AUGCUCAACCAUAGAACCAGGAAAAAUUCGAUUUCAUCUGUUUUGGUUAAUUCUGCCUAUGUGGAGGAGGUCAACUCUGUUAAACAAGCUGCAAGAGAUCAUUUCAGUAAGAGAUUUUAUGUUGAAAAUACCUGCAGGCCUGAACUGGAUUUCACUGGUAUUAAUAGAUUAUCUGUUGAAGAUGUAAUUGUGCUAGAAGAGAAAUUUUGUGUUGAGGAAAUUAGAGAAGUUAUAUUCGAAGAGGACGAAAACAAAAGUCUGGGUCCUGACGGUUUCAAUGUCAAAUUUAUUAAGAGAUGUUGUGAUAUUGUUGGCAAGGAGGUGGUAGAUUGCAUCAAUGAAUUCCACGAUUCAACUUGGUUACCGAAAGUCAUUUCUUCUUCUUUCUUGGCUUUAAUCCCCAAAAAGGAGAAUCCACAAAGCUUUGACGAUUAUAGACCAAUUACACUUAUUGGCUGCAUAUACAAGAUCGUUUCGAAGGUUCUGGCUGCGAAACUUAAAAGAGCAAUGGGGAAACUGAUAUGA